GUACUUGUUUUCUUCACUCUCUCUCCUCUCUCUAGACAGAAAGCUGAGAGCGAACUGUGGAAAAGCAAUGGCAAAAGCUGAGAGCUUUGACAACUUCCUGCUGUGAAAUGGCGAGUCUCUGCUAGUUUGUGGAGAUGAGCGCACCGUUUGGAGGCCCGAUCGGUUCUAACCCCAGUGCUGCCGGAGCCCAGCCGAACAGGGACCCGAACAUGGCGUCGGCGGAGCAGUUGGUGCUCGAACUCAGCAACCCCCAACUUCGUGAAAACGCGCUCCUUGAACUCUCCAAGAAGAGAGAAUUAUUUCAAGAUUUGGCUCCAUUGUUGUGGAAUUCUUUUGGUACUAUAGCUGCUCUGUUACAGGAGAUAGUUUCAAUAUACCCUGUUCUGUCCCCACCAAAUUUAACUCCUGCCCAAUCAAAUCGAGUUUGCAAUGCUCUAGCGCUUCUUCAGUGUGUGGCAUCACACCCAGACACAAGGAUGUUGUUCCUUAACGCUCAUAUACCUUUAUAUUUGUACCCUUUCCUUAAUACAACAAGCAAGUCAAGGCCUUUCGAGUACUUGAGACUCACUAGCUUAGGAGUCAUUGGUGCCUUAGUGAAGGUCGACGAUACAGAAGUGAUUAGUUUUCUUCUAUCAACUGAAAUAAUCCCGUUGUGCCUGCGAACUAUGGAAAUGGGUAGUGAACUGUCAAAAACAGUGGCGACAUUUAUUGUUCAAAAGAUUUUGUUGGAUGACGUAGGCUUGGAUUAUAUCUGUACUACAGCUGAGCGUUUUUUCGCAGUGGGUCGAGUCUUGGGAACCAUGGUUGCAUCACUUGCUGACCAGCCUUCAUCUCGCUUGCUAAAACAUAUUAUCCGAUGUUAUCUACGAUUGUCAGAUAACCCAAGGGCUUGUGAUGCUUUGAGGAGCUGUCUUCCCGAUAUGUUGAGAGAUGCUACCUUCAGUGUUUCCCUCCGUGAAGAUCCAACGACAAGGAGAUGGCUGCAGCAGUUGCUUCACAACGUUGGUGUUAGUCGGGUUCCUGCGCUUCAGGGUGGAGGAGGAUUUGAUCAGAUGAUGAUGAACUAAUGCAAAUAAUUCGGUGUCGUCUUUGGGCUGCCAUCUGUUGCAUAAUGCAUCAGAGAGGGCUGGAUGCUUUUUAAUUUAUCUGUCUCAAUGCUAAUUGGCCAACUCUUUUAUCUUUCUCUGUAAUUUGCAAAAUGUUUCUUCUGUAACUUGGUCUGAGCAGGCCAAGUUUAAACUAUUGACUUCGCUUGAAGUCGAUUGUUCCCGGAAGAAAUAAAUGGUCUUCUUAGUUGGUUCAUCUCUAAUGUUGAAUUGUGGCAAAAUUAUGAAUAAAGUGAACCUUUUUUUCUGUAAA